GAGAGAUUGCGCAGGCGCACUGUCCGUCCCUCCAGUCCGACAUCCGGCGCCAAACCUGCCCGGGGAGCUGAGAGCACCGGCGGCGGCCAUGGACGAGCUGUACCUGGAGAACAUCGACGAGCUGGUCACCGACCAGAAUAAAAUAGUGAGUCUCAGCCUGGCCGCCACUCACACUGCACCCCAAUAAUAACACUGCACCCCAAUAACUACUGCACCGCACCCCAAUAUAUACACUGCACCCCAAUAUAUACACUGCACCCCAAUAACUACUGCACCCCAAUAUAUACACUGCACCCCAAUAACUACUGCACCGCACCCCAAUAACUACUGCACCCCAAUAUAUACACUGCACCCCAAUAUAUACACUGCACCCCAAUAACUACUGCACCCCAAUAUAUACACUGCACCCCAAUAACUACUGCACCGCACCCCAAUAUAUACACUGCACCCCAAUAACUACUGCACCGCACCCCAAUAACUACUGCACCCCAAUAUAUACACUGCACCCCAAUAACUACUGCACCCCAAUAUAUACACUGCACCCCAAUAACUCCUGCACCCCACUAACUGUACUGACUGCACCCCAAUAACUACUGCACCCCAAUAUAUACACUGCACCCCAAUAUACACACUGCACCCCAAUAACUGUACUGACUGCACCCCAAUAACUGUACUGACUGCACCCCAAUAUAUACACACUGCACCCCAAUAACUGUACUGACUGCACCCCCCAAUAUAUACACACUGCACCCCAAUAACUGUACUGACUGCACCCCCCAAUAUAUACACUGCACCCCCCAAUAUAUACACACUGUACCCCAAUAACUGUACUGACUGCACCCCAAUAUAUACAUACUGCACCCCAAUAACAACUACUGACUGCACCCCAAUAACAACUACUGACUGCACCCCCAAUAUAUACACACUGCACCCCCAAUAUAUACACACUGCACCCCCAAUAUAUACACACUGCACCCCCAAUAACAACUACUGCACCCCAAUAACAACUACUGCACCCCAAUAACAACUACUGCACCCCAAUAACAACUACUGCACCCCAAUAACAACUACUGCACCCCAAUAUAUCUACUGCACCCCAAUAUAUACACUGCACCCCAAUAUAUACACUGCACCCCAAUAACUACUGCACCCCAAUAACUACUGCACCCCAAUAACUACUGCACCCCAAUAACUACUGCACCCCAAUAACUACUGCACCCCAAUAUAUACACACUGCACCCCCAAUAUAUACACACUGCACCCCCAAUAUAUACACACUGCACCCCCAAUAUAUAUACACACUGCACCUUAAUAUAUAUACACUGCACCUCAAUAUAUACACACUGCACCCCCCAAUAUAUAUACACACUGCACCCCAAUAUAUUACACACUGCACCCCCCAAUACACUGCACCCCAAUAUAUAUAUAUAUAUACACACUGCACCCCAAUAUAUACACACUGCACCCCAAUAUAUACACACUGCACCCCAAUAUAUACACACUGCACCCCAAUAACUGUACUGACUGCACCCCAAUAACUGUACUGACUGCACCCCAAUAACUGUACUGACUGCACCCCAAUAUAUAUACACUGCACCCCAAUAUAUAUACACUGCACCCCAAUAUAUAUACACUGCACCCCAAUAACUGUACUGACUGCACCUAAUAACUGAAAACUGACUGCACCCCAAUAACUGUACUGACUGCACCCCAAUAACUGUACUGACUGCACCCCAAUAACUGUACUGACUGCACCCCCAAUAUAUAUACACUGCACCCCAAUAACUGUACUGACUGCACCCCCCAAUAUAUAUACACUGCACCCCAAUAACUGUACUGACUGCACCCCCCAAUAUAUAUACACUGCAUCCCAAUAACUGUACUGACUGCACCCCAAUAUAUACACUGCACCCCCCAAUAUAUACACACUGCACCCCUAUAUAUACACUGCACCCCCCAAUAUAUACACACUGCACUCCAAUAACUGUACUGACUGCACCCCAAUAUAUACACACUGCACCCCAAUAACUGUACUGACUGCACCCCCCAAUAUAUACACACUGCACCCCAAUAACUGUACUGACUGCACCCCCCAAUAACAACUACUGACUGCACCCCCCAAUAACAACUACUGACUGCACCCCAAUAACAACUACUGACUGCACCCCAAUAACAACUACUGACUGCACCCCAAUAACAACUACUGACUGCACCCCAAUAACAACUACUGACUGCACCCCAAUAUGACUACACUUACCCCCAACAACCACUGCACCCCCAACACACUACUGCACCCCCACAAUAACAACUACCACACGCAACCCCCAAUAACAACUACUGCACCCCCCCAACAAUAUUGCACCCCCACAACCCCAACCAUUGCACCCCCAAUAACAACUAUUGCACCCCCAAUAACAACUAUUGCACCCCCAAUAACAACUAUUGCACCCCCAAUAACAACUAUUGCACCCCCAAUAACAACUACUGCACCCCCAAUAACAACUACUGCACCCCAAUAUAUACACACUGCACCCCAAUAUAUACACACUGCACCCCAAUAUAUACACACUGCACCCCAAUAUAUACACACUGCACCCCAAUAUAUACACACUGCACCCCCCAAUAUAUAUACUGCACCCCAAUAACAACUACUGCACCCCCAAUAUAAACACUGCACCACCCGAAUAUAUAUAUUCACACUGCACCACCCGAAUAUAUAUAUUCACACUGCACCACCCGAAUAUAUAUAUAUAUAUAUAUAUAUAUAUAUAUAUAUAUAUAUAUAUAUAUAUAUAUAUAUAUAUAUAUAUAUAUAUACACAUACACACUGUGCACCCCAAUACAGCCUGGCCGCCACUCACACGGUUACUAAUGGGAGAGAUCACCUGAGAUCACCACACUGCACCCCACAAACUGUACUGACUGCACCCCACAAACUGUACUGACUGCCCCCCAAUACAAACACUGCACCCCACAAACUGUACUGACUGCCCCCCAAUUCAAACACUGCACCCCACAAACUGUACUGACUGCCCCCCAAUUCAAACACUGCACCCCACAAACUGUACUGACUGCCCCCCAAUACAAACACUGCACCCCACAAACUACUGGCUGCCCCCCAAUACAUACACUGCACCCCACUGAUUACUGCACCCCCAUACAUGUACCCAACAAACUACUGCACCCCAAUACAUGCACCCCACAAACUGUACUGACUGCCCCCAAUACAUACACUGUACCCCAAUAACUACUGCACCCCACUGAUUACUGCACCCCAAUACAUACAGAUUACUGCACCCCACAAACUACUGCUCCCCAAUAAAUACAAUUUACUGACUGCUCCCCCAUACAUGCACCCCAAUACAUACACCCACAGCUUACUGCACCCCAAUACAUCUACUGCUCCCCAAUACAUACACCCCACAAACUACUGUACCCCAAUUCAAUGUACUGACUGCCCCCCCAUACAUGCUCCCCACAGAUUAUCAUAUCCCCACACUGCACCCCAAUACAUGUACCCAACAAAUUACUGUACCCCAAUACAUACAGGUGAUACUCGAAAAAUUAGAAUAUCGUGCAAAAGUUCAUUUAUUUCAGUAAUGCAACGUAAAAGGGGAAACUAAUAUAUUAGAUGGACGCAUUACAUGCAAAGCAAGAUAGUUCAAGCUGUGAUUUGUCAUAAGUGCGAUGAUUAUGGUUUACAGCUCAUGAAAACCCCAAAUCCACAAUCUCAGUAAAUUAGAAUAUUACAUGCAAUCAAUAAAACAAGGAGUGUACACAGAAACAAUAUCGGACCUCUGAAAAGUAUAAGCAUGCAUAUGGACUCAGUACUUGGUUUGGGCCCCUUUUGUUAUAAUUACUGCCUGUGGCACUAUCUGUGGCACUGCUGAGGUGUUAUGGAAGACCAGGAUGCUUCAAUAGCAGCCUUCAGCUCUUCUGCAUUGUUCGGUCUCAUGUCUCUCGUCUUUCUCUUGGCAAUGCCCCGUAGAUUCUCUAUGGGGUUCAGGUCAGGCGAGUUUGCUGGCCAAUCAAGCACAGUAAUCCCACGGUCAUUGAACCAGGCUUUGGUGCUUUUGGCAGUGUGGGCAGGUGCUGCUGGAAAAUGAAGUCAGCAUCCCCAUAAAGCUCAUCUGCGGAAGGAAGCAUGAAGUGCUCCAGAAUCUCCUGGUAGACGGCUGCGUUGACCCUGGACUUAAUGAAGCACAGUGAACCAACACCAGCAGAUGACAUUGCUCCCCAAAUCAACACAGACUGUGGAAACUUCACACUGGACUUCAAGCAUCGUGAAGUGUGUGCCUCUCCAUUCUUCCUCCAGACUCUGGGUCCUUGGUUUCCAAAUGAGAUGCAAAAGCUGCUCUCAUCAGAAAAGAGGACUUUGGACCACUGAGCAACAGACCUGGUCUGUUUUUCUUUAGCCCAGGUAAGACGCUUCUGAAGUUGUUUGUUGUUCAGGAGCGGCUUUACAAGAGGAAUACGACAUCUGAAGCCCAUGUCCAGGAUCUGUCUGUGUGGUGGCGGCUCUUGAUGCACUGACUCCAGCCUCAGUCCACUCCUUGUGAAAGUACCCAACACUUUUGAAUGGCCUUUCCUGACAAUCCUCUCCAGGCUGUGGUCAUCCCUGCUGCUUGUACACCUUUUUCUUCCACACGUUUCCCUUCCACAUAACUUUCUAUUAAUAUACUUUGAUACAGCACUUAGGGAACAUCCAACUUCCUUCGCAAUUACCUUUUGAGUCUUUCCCUCCUUAUGGAGAGUAUCAAUGAUGGUUUUCUGAGAGACCAUGUAAAGGCUCAGAAACCCUUUUGCAGGUGUUAUGGCUUCCUUAGCUGAUUAGAGUGGGACACUGUGAGCCUAGAAUAUUGCACCUUUUCACAAUAUUCUAAUUUACUGAGAUUGUGGAUUUGGGGUUUUCAUGAGCUGUAAGUCAUAAUCAUCGCACUUAUGACAAAUCACGGCUUGAACUAUCUUGCUUUGCAUGUAAUGCGUCUAUCUCAUAUAUUAGGAGGACAGAAGAGGGUGUAUCUAAUACAUGAUGCGAGAUAUAUGCAUCAAAGAAAAGGUUCAAGAUAGCCAACAAAUAGCCUACUGUAUAGGCCAGACAAAGCCAAUUUGGCUCCAUCUACUUACUGUUCUUUAUCUCAUAUAUUAGUUUCCUCUUUUACAUUGCAUUACUGAAAUAAAUGAACUUUUGCUCGAUAUUCUAAUUUUUCGAGUAUCACCUGUACAAUGUACUGACUGCCCCCCCAUACAUGCACCCCACAGAUUAUCCUAUCCCCACACUGCACCCCAAUACAUACAAUGUUCUGACUGCCCCCUCAUACAUGCACCACACAGAUUAUAAUCCUAUCCCCACACUGCACCUCAAUACAUGUACCCCACAAAUUACUGUACCCCAAUACAUACAAUGUACUGACUGCCUCCCUAAUACAUGCACCCCACAGAUUAUCCUAUCUCCACUCUGCACCCCAAUACAUACAAUGUACUGACUGCCCCUCAAUAAACAUAUCCCAUAAAUUACUGUACCCAAUUAACUACCCCCCACUGCACCUCACCAAUUACAGUACGCCACUAACUGGUCACCACUGCAUCCCACAGCUUACUGUACUUACUCUGUACCCCACUAACUCCCCCCUCCACUGUAUACACUGACUGUACCUCACUAAACCGAAUUGUAUCCCACACUACACACUUACUCACUUUGGCUGUUUUGGUCCAAAAUUUGAAAUUUACUCUGAUUUUAUAAAAAUAGACGUAGGACGAUCCUACCAUAACUUACACAAUGAAUAUAAUCAGUCGUAGUCCGAGCGGCACUAAAAUGUUUUUUUUUUUUAAUUACAAUACUAGCAAGUGCACAUUUUGAGAAAUAACAAUGAGUGAUCUGAUUGAUAGCCAGGAAGUGUAACAAGGUAUAUUUAUAAAAGUACCAAUUUCUAUAGAAUUAUUUUUUUUAAAUAAAUAAAAAAUAAAUAAAAUAAAAAAGACACUCUUCUCACACAAAGCAUUUCAGCAAAUGAAGUGUCCCUUUCAAGCAUUUUAAAAAGGUUAGUCAAUUAAAUGUUAAUUAUUUUAAAUUACAUUGAUUGCUUAAAGGGUCACUCCAGGCACCAUGACCACUUCAGCCAUUUGAAGGGGUUAUGGUGGUACAGAUCUGCCUGUUCUACUUGAAACAUAGCACAUACAGGCUAUGUCACACCCAUUGUACAUUUGACAGCCUGGAAUUCUGUUCUGGUCUGCCAAAUGUAAAUUCUGUGCAAAAAACUCGUUCAUUGUCAGCUCAUGUUGUCAAUGGACGUAUUGUACUUUUGAAGCCUUUUUGCUCCCCUACCCCCUCCUUCAAUGAGUUGAGCAUCUUUGCUUACCUAUACCCUCAAUGGUUCUUAUUCUUUUGUUUUUAAAUUCUGUUUCCCAGCCUCUCUACCUCCCCUCGUCGGCUCAGAAUGCGCACAUGCACUUUGAGCUGGUGCAGCAGUCUAAUCAAAGGCCUGCUGCUGACAUUGGAUGGAGGUGUGGAAUGCCCUCCGCGCUGGAUUCCAGGUAAGUUGGUAAAAAAAAAAAAAAAACCCAAAAAAGUUAUUAAUAUUUUUAAAUCCAACCCCCCAAAAAUGGUUGGAAAGGUUCUUUAACACAAUGUAAUACAGAAAACAUUACCGCUUUGUGUACAUAGAUUGUAUUGUUUUCUUUACCUGUAUAGAUUGAUGCAAACAAUUUGUAUAAUUUAACUGUAACUCUGAAUUCAUUUUCUGUGUUUUUCAGGUGACUUACAAAUGGUUGAGCCAUACAUUGGGUGUUCAUGUCAACCAAGCAAAACAGUAAGCAUAUUACAUUCUGACACACGUUCAUUUUAUUUAGGUUUGCUCAGCCAGGGAAUGCCGUCCAAAUGUGCACAGAAUUGGCGUUCUGUCUGCAUCGAAAAGAUACAAACAUAAUUGAAUUUACAGUGAAAGCCCAGGUUUUCAUCGGAGCAGUAUGCAACUCUUCAUGUUGGUCACUCGACUUUUUAUAAUAUUGCUGAGCUUCUCAACAAUGUUCAAAAACAAAAAAGAGAAUUAGUGAAAAUAAAAGGGUUGUUUUUUUUUUACCAGUAAUUUUUUUUUUUUUUUUACUUUAUAUUAAUCAUUUGACUCCAUGCUUUUUCCCAUUGUAAUCAUUACAUCUUGGACUUGUAGUUAGUGUGUACGAUAUGAUUUUUGUUAAAACAGUCAUAGAGUAAAUGAUUACCCGGUGUCAUAAUAUUGUCGACACAUAGAAGAAGAAAACAAAACACACUGACGUGCUAAAGAUCACGUCUCCCCCUUUUUUUUUUUUAAAAGAGGUUUGUUAUUGUAAAAUAUAUUUUCUGUAAUUACGAGUGUGCUGUCUAAUACUGUCCGUCUCCAGGAUGCUGUAUGACUAUGUCACACGGAAGAGGAAGGAGAAUCAGAGUGCCCAGGUGCACGUGACGUACCUACUAACAGGGAAAUCAAUUCAAAAUGGGUACCCUGUGAGUAUUAGUAUUAUUAUUAUUAUUAUUAUUAUUAAACAUGUUUCAUGAUUAAAGGACAAUUGUCACCAGAAAUUUUAUUUAUUUAUUAUAAGAAUCCAGCAUGUAAUGAAAAGAUACGGCAUUUUUCAAAAUUAAGUAAAUUAAAAAAAUACCUGAAAAUCUGUCUCCUUCUUUCAGAGCACACUAGAUGCCUCUGCCAUAUUGAUACACCUCCAGUUGAAAUGAGGUAGAAUCAGACUGUUAGGUUCCUGCUUCAUUCCCUGCCCAGAGCAGUGACUUCAUCAGCCAUCACACUGUAUGCUCUGCUAAGCAGGGCAGUGUUGCUGCAGUGUCUUCUCCAUAGUCCGAUCGCAUUGACAAUGCUCAAAUUUAGUAAAGUCAUAUGUUAGUUUGACCGAUUCUGUAACAUUGGUUCUGAUGAAAAAAAUCUGUUUUUGCAAACUCAUCCGAACCAAUCUACAGCACUGCAAUUGCAAAUUGUUAUUCACUUAAUGUUUGCAGGGUAGGGGCCAAGGCAGGGAACACUAGGUCCCUCGCCUUUAUUAGAAAUAUUAGGGUCCACACCCGCCAGCAAGGGUGGGGUCAGUGAGAGGGGUCACUAGGUCCCACCUAUAUUCUACUUAUUAGGGCCCCCACCUUCCAGCAGGGGUGUGGGCACGGACACUAGGCAGGGAGUGAAGCAGGAGCCUCAGUCUGAUUCUACCUCUGUCUGACCAAAGGUGUUAGAAUAUGGCAGAGGGAUCUAGUGUUCUGUGAAUGUAGGGGCAAUAUUGUCAGGUAUUUUUUACAAAUACUUAAUUUUUAAAAAUGCCAUAUCUUUUCAUUGCAUACUGCAACGAUUCUUAUAAUAAUAAAAAAAGAAAAUUACUGAAGUCUAAAUUUUGUAUUGUUGAAACCUUGAGCAACAAAUGCUAUUUUGCAUGCUGUAUCCCAUUUCCCCAUGCCGCUAGUAAACCACAUUUCCUGAGCAGCACACACGGUCUAGCUCCUCACACCCCAUUUAACCCAUCUGAGCAGUGUACAUUCCCCUUUAUAUCUCUUGAUGGAAUUAAUGUAGGGUUAUUGGGGAGCAUUUGGGACAUUUUAGCUCCAUCGCAGGUGGAACGCUGCCUUCUUUUUAUCCAAGAUGAGCAGGCAGUUAAUCUAAGCUGGAAACCAGUGGAACCAGCAGGCACAUUCCAUCGGUGACUCUGUCCUUUCUCCAUUUUGAACCACUAUUCAGAACAUACUUUUUAUAAAUAACCCCCAUAGUGUGUUAAUGUGAACGCAUUUAGUUUUGUAAUCUGACCAUUUUAUUCAUCUUAUUCCUCUGUUUUGUUUGAUGUGAAGCAUAUAUGGCUAAAGGCUUCAUUCAUUGAAUACAUUCAUCUUUCUAUAAUACUGUAUUAUAAGCUGCUAACACAUUUCUUCUGUUGCAGUACCACAAGGUGGCGGUAGUAAAAGAAGAGAGACUGGAAGGUAAAGUAACUAGGGUAAUGUUUUUUUUUGUUUUUUGUUUUUUCUCUUUGUAUGUAAUAUAUAUAUAUAUAUAUAUAUAUAUAUAUAUAUAUAUAUAUAUAUAUAUAUAUAUAUAUAUAUAUAUAUAUAUAGUGUGUAUUUUGACUGGAUCAGAGCAUAUCCAAAAUGGCAAGUCUUGUGUGGUGGUCCCGCUAUGCAGUUGUUAGUACCAACCAAAAGGGGUGCAAAAAGGACAACCGGCAUCAGGGUCAUGGAUGCCCAAGGCUCAUAAAUACAUGUGGAAAGCGAAGGCUAGCCCGUAUGAUCAGAUCACACACAAGCUACUGUAGCUUAAAUUGCUGAAAAACCUAGUGCUGGCAAUGAUGGAAAUUUAUCAGAACACACAGUGCAUCACAAUUUGCUCCGUAGCCACAAACUGGCCAGUGUGCCCAUGAUGACCCCUGUUCAUCAUCUAGAACAGUGGUGCCCAAACCAGUCCUCAUGGCCCACCACUAUCCAUGCUUUUAUAUAUUUCUUUGUUUUAUUCCAAUGCAGAUAAUGAUAAAACCUAGACUGUUGGUGGGUCUUGAGUAUACAGAUUGCUAUUUUGAAGAUAUUCCCAAUAUGAGACAUUGGUACACUUUUUUUACAAGUAUUAUUUGUUAGCUUUCAUUCCUACAUAAAAAUCCAAUAAUCAGACUGCAUGCAUUGUUUAAAUGUUCUACUUAGUCAAAUGUGAGACUGAUUGGCUCUAUAAUAAGGUGUGCAUUAAUUUAUGUGCAACCACCAGUAGUGCAUUUCACAUAGGAAAAAAUUGUAAAUAAAUUGUGGCAUGCAAAAUAACUUUAAAAACUUAUUUCAUUUUUCAAAAACUUUGAAAUCAAUGACUUCAAAUAAUAAAACCACUAUAAUGUUGAUGCUAUUCAUCCUCUCUGGGAGAAGCAGACCCCAGUAUGCAAUAGAUCCUUAUGGUGGUCUAGUUGCAAACCUCAUAUGUUAUGAGAAAGUGAUAUGCUGUAUAACCAACAUCAGUAAAAGCAUGUAGAUUUAUUAAAAAGUAAUAUAUUUGCUUACACUGUCAUUAAAAAUCAACUGGAAGUACUCAUCUGAGCUCCGAAAAUGCUGGUUUCUUUGAGUUUACACAUGGGAAUCAAUUUAAUAUUGUUGGAUAAGCUUUCCAAUGAUUUAAUAUUUUUGGAUACACUUUUCAAAUUACUUUUUCAAUAUAUUAACAUCUCAAAACGUGAAGAUAUAUUUUUCAUAAUCUUAAACGUAUGCAAAAAAUAUUAAAUCGAGCCCUAGUUUCCCAAACAUUGCUUCAGCAUGCUCCUCUCUCGAUGUCACAUUGUGAGAUGGGAAACAUCUGAAUAUUUGAUGAAUGUUGGACAGAUAUGCAUGAAGACAGAGGACUUAAGAUAUGCCUCUUAAAUUUAAAUGUGAGUUGGACUUGGAGCCCUCCAAGCUUUCCACUACAGUGAGCUAUAACUGCUACUGAUAAUACCUGGCAGACUAUAAUCUUGCUUAGAGUACCGUUUUAAGAGGAUCUGUCACCCCAGUAUGAUUUGCUAGCAUAAAUGUGAACUAUGUCUUAUGAUUAUUUUUUUUUUUUUAUUUAUUCAAAAUGUUCUCUUCUCAAUUUGCUUCUACAGCUAUGAAAGCCAAGCUUGCGGUGGUUGCUAAUGUUCACGUGUACAGCAUCCAGAAAGCCACUCUAAAGGACAGCGCCCCGCUUUUCAACACGGACUAUGAUAUCUUCAAGAAUAAUAUCCAGGACUGUAAUAAGUAUGUACGCUUGUGUCAGGAAUUGCUUUGUAUAACAGUAUAUACCAUACAAAACUCGUGACUCAUUACACUUUUUUUUUUUUUACAUGGUAAAAUGAACCAGUAAAUCAAACCAGAUUUAUUUAUUUUUUUCCUCUCAAUAAUUCAAAUCAACCUGACAAACUUGUUACCAAUGUUGUCUACCAUUUAUUUGACUUCUAGGUAUAGUGCCAUACGAUGCGCAGAGGCUGUGCCAAGGUCCGCUGAGGUGAUGUCUCAACUCCGGAAAGCACACAGCCAGCAGACUGAGGAAGCACCUCAAGCUGCUGCUCCAACCAUCAAUGGGCAUAUCACUCAACCUGCUGCAAAACCAGCGUCUCAGCAGCCCAAGGGCAUCAUGGGAAUGUUCUCCCGUCCAGCUGCCAAAGCACAGGAAGCAAAUAAAGAACCUAAGACCGAAAACAAGGAACCAGCAGUAAGUCAUUCUUAUUGCAGUUGAGUUUCCAUAGAGAUAUAAAUUCUGAUACUGUCUAGAACACUGCCCAUGCAGCAGGGUAUUUGUAGAAUUAGUUAGUCCUUGGGCCUGAACCACCUUAUUAAAUCAAACCGGUAACCAUGAAGAAUUAAGGAAAUUGUUUUCCUUUCCAGGUUUCUGCAGGAAGUAGCAAGUCCUCUGCUAAAGCAAGUGCCAUGAAUAAUUUCUUUGGAAAAGCUUCUUUGAGUGAGUUCAAGUCCUCCUACCUUCUAACUUUUCAGGUGUUGAUAUUUAAGUUGCUCUAUUAGUUCAUUAUUGUCCAGUAAGGCUUCUUAUAAUACCUUUUUUAUUGGACUAUCCGAAAUUUGUAGGGGCAGGCUUUUCCUUUAUGAAAUCUAAAGCAAUCGUCCCUCAAUACACUCGGAAUCUACACUUCAGUAUCGUUCUCUUCAAAUAAAAAUGUGUGUGUGUGUGUGCACUUUCGGCAUUGAAAGGUUUAAUGUGCAGUUAACCCACUAUCAUUUACCCUUAUGUGGGACAGCAUUAAGCACUUUUCUGGAGAUGCAUAUGAAGAUUUUAACUCCAGUAAAACAGCCAUAUUAUGGGUGCACUGUGUAAGCUAGUAUAACAGUUUUGUGCUUGGCGAGUUAAAAUUAGCCUUUAGUAUUUUAAAAUUGUGGUAUAAGAGCAGCAGUGCUAUAGAGGUUUGGUAAGCUUUAUGAUUGGCACAUGGGGGUCCUUGGUAAGUGGUGGUCAAUACUUUGUUUGAUCCAAUAUGCCAGCCUUAAAGCUCUCCCUGUUUGUAUUUGCUCUGGCCAUAGCCCUUCAGUCCUAACAUAUGAGUUUUUUGUGAAAUGGUAUUAUUGUUAAAUGCCUACUUUGCACUUUUUACCUUCCGCCCUUCUUUUUCUUUUAAGUGUUAUGUUGCCAUAGUGGCAUGUCGCUUGAGGUAGAAGCCAGUGUAGAUCCACCAGGCUACAUGUUGGGAAAUAAGUUUGCUAGAAUCCACAGUAUGAAGUUUAGCCAUCAUGGAUAUAAAGUAAAAACAAAACAUUACACAGAGUGAAUAUUUAUUUUCCUGUAAUAGGCAAAAUCAAGGAAACCUCGUCCAUUAAUAAAUUCGUCAAACAAGAGGAAGAACCAGUGUCUCAGUCUACUGCUUCCUCCCACGCUCCUGCUUCUUCACCUCCUCCAGAGCCACCUACAAAGAAAGGGACAUCAACUAAAGUUCCGACAAAGGACAAGAAAAGGUAAUUAAAGAUCAUCAGAGAGCAAUAUGGAUAUCAAGUUACGAUCAUACAUUGUGAAACUACACAAAGCCACCGGAAUGGUAAAACCUGAUUUAGCAUUAAAAAGCUUAAUGAAGCAAUUUUAGUAUAUAUAUCAUGCCCCUGCAUUUUCACACCUUCCUGUAUGUGAUUUUACAUAGCUGUCCUAAACACUUCCUGUAAAGAGAGAUCCAAUGUUUACAUUUUCUUCAUUGCACAGUCUGUUUAAUUUAGAAUUUCUCAUCUCGUUCUCUGUUAAUAGAUUGCUAGAGUCUGCAGAGCCUCAUGGAAAUGAUUUAAAAUUCAAUUAACAGAACAGGAGACAAAGUUUUAAAAUAAAUUGAGACACAGCAAGACGAGGAGUGGUUAAGCCUGGAUAAACCGAAAACACAAGUGAUUUGACUCAUAAAUUGCAGUGAAUUGAGCAGUGACACUACAAGAGCAUGAUCUAUUGACCAAAAUUGUUUCAUUAAGCUAAAGUUGUUUUGUUGCUUAGUGUCCCUUAAGUCUUUCAUAAUUGCUGUUCUGGAGUAAACUUUCCUUACUGACAGAAGUCUUUUACUCAUUUGGGUAUUUAGUUGUCCCUGUACAUUUUUUUUUAUGAACCUUCUGCAAAAGUUAACACGAAGACACAUAAUGGUAAUUUGCAGGUCUAAAAUCUUUGCUAUAUAACAUUUUAAACCUUAACAUCUCCAAACCUACUACAAACUUUAUAAAUAACAUCCUUGUGUGUAUUUCUUUUUCAAAGGCAUUGUGGGACAACAUUCUAAAAAUGGAGUGUUCACCAUGGAACCAAUGGAAUGUUCCUGCUGAUUACUCCACAUUUUUGAACGUUACCCAAUAUUUGCCAUUUAUACAUACUUCCAUAAUGAAAAUAAUUUCAGAAAAUAAAUGGAUGGAGGGUUCUCCGCUUUAACUUGCUAAAUCCCAGCUGACUAUUUUGAUAUAGAUUUUGAAUUGUAGUUUUAUGUAUUAUGUAUUUCAGAAAUAGUUUAUCUUUAUGAAAUAAGAAGCAAGAGCCAGUUUCAAUUACUUUGUUACAUGGCAUUUUUAGUAACAAAAUUGUGUAUUAGACACUAUAUUUGUGCAAAAACCUGUUUGUCAAUUCAUCCCACUCUAAUUCCUUUUAAUCCACACCAAUAUGAAUAGAUACGCGCUGGAUUUAUCUAUAAAGUCUUAUUUAAUGAAGUAGCUAUAAUUUUUUCCAAUGUAAGUUAUUUUUUCUAAGCCAAUGAAAGGAGACGACAUGCUUUAAGGCUUCUCUCUACUCACAGCAAGGGGAAAAGAGCUGAGAUCUCAGACUGUGAAGAGGAAGAAAACAAAUCGGUGAAAAAGAGAAGACGGAUUAAACAGCCCAUGGCUGACAGCAGUGACGACGAAGGUAAGUGUUAGGAAACCAAGUCUCCUGUUACUUUAACCUGGUGAACUGUAUAGUUAGACAUUUAGAGGUCUGCAAACUCACUUUCAAUUCCAGAGUCUGUGUUAGGACUAUCUUUUGGGACUCAGAGGCAUUUUUUCAUUCCUCUUUUUAUAUUUGUAUCAUUUCAAUCCCUAAGGCCAUUUCGAAAUCAGUUUACUAAACUAUCCCUAUCCCUGCCCCUAUAAUCACCUCUUAACUAUUCUAACCGCAGCGUUGUUGUUCAUGUGGUUGGCCACAGUUCGUAUGGUCGACCACAAGGUGGCGACCGUCUUGUUCCCGCGAACGCAGGAAGCGGUGUUUGGUUGUUGAGUUCGUGGAACUGUUUUCGGUCUCAAACUCCCGAACACCACUGGACUAACAUCAUAACCUGCGUUCGGUACUUGCAAUAGAAACUGACACUUUUAUAAAUUAAGCUGGUUACACCCUCUUAGCCUUCAAGCAGACAACAGGUGAUUUUACUUCCUGGUUUGGUUAGCUAAACUCAAGAGGCAGCAAUUGCACUGAGCACCUGUCUUGCAAAGAUGUCUCAAUGAGAUGCAUUGGAAGUCUGUGAUUGGACAGUCGCAAAGUCUGGGCGGGGUUAGAAGGCGGAGGACUUGCCUAGAUAGCAUACAAGCAAAAUGCAGGUUUUGCAAACUGUUUUAAGAUAUAUCCUCAAUAAAAUAUAUACAGUUGCAAGAAGAAGUAUGUGAACCCUUUGGAAUGAUAUGGAUUUCUGCACAAAUUGGUCAUAAAAUGUGAUCUGAUCAUCAUCUAAGUCACAACAAUAGACAAUCACAGUCUGCUUAAACUAAUAACACACAAAGAAUGAAAUGUUGCCAUGUUUUUAUUGAACACACCAUGUAAACAUUCACAGAGCAGGUGGAAAAAGUAUGUGAACCCCUAGACUAAUGACAUCUCCAAAAGCUAAUUGGAGUGAGAUGUCAGCCAACUGGAGUCCAAUCAAUGAGAUGAGAUUGGAGGUGUUGGUUACAGCUGCCCUGCCCUAUAAAAAACACACACCAGUUCUGGGUUUGCUUUUCACAAGAAGAUUUCCAUGAUGAGAAUGAUGCCUCGCACAAAAGAGCUCUCAGAAGACCUACGAUUAAGAAUUGUUGACUUGCAUAAAGCUGGAAAGGGUUAUAAAAGUAUCUCCAAAAGCCUUGCUGUUCAUCAGUCCACGGUAAGACAAAUUGUCUAUAAAUGGAGAAAGUUCAGCACUGCUGCUACUCUCCCUAGGAGUGGCCGUCCUGUAAAGAUGACUGCAAGAGCACAGCGCAGACUGCUCAAUGAGGUGAAGAAGAAUCCUAAAGUGUCAGCUAAAGACUUACAAAAGUCACUGGCAAAUGGAAGAAACACACAACACUAUGUGUGGCAAAAAAAGAGGCACAGCACACCAACAUCAAAACCUCAUCCCAACUGUGAAGUAUGGUGGUGGGGGCAUCAUGGUUUGGGGCUGCUUUGCUGCGUCAGGGCCUGGACGGAUUGCUAUCAUCGAAGGAAAAAUGAAUUCCCAAGUUUAUCAAGACAUUUUGCAGGAGAACUUAAGGCCAUCUGUCUACCAGCUGAAGCUCAACAGAAGAUGGGUGUUGCAACAGGACAAUGACCCAAAGCAUAAAAGUAAAUCAACAACAGAAUGGCUUAAACAGAAGAAAAUACACCUUCUGAAGUGGCCCAGUCAGAGUCCUGACCUCAACCCGAUUGAGAUGCUGUGGCAUGACCUCAAGAAAGCGAUUCACACCAGACAUCCCAAGAAUAUUGCUGAACUAAAACAGUUCUGUAAAGAGGAAUGGUCAAGAAUUACUCCUGACCGUUGUGCACGUCUGAUCUGCAACUACAGGAAACGUUUGGUUGAAGUUAUUGCUGCCAAAGGAGGUUCAACCAGUUAUUAAAUCCAAGGGUUCACAUACUUUUUUCCACCUGCACUGUGAAUGUUUACAUGGUGUGUUCAAUAAAAACAUGUAAGUAAAUAUUUCAUUCUUUGGUGUAUAUUAGUUUAAGCAGACUGUGAUUGUCUAUUGUUGUGACUUAGAUGAUGAUCAGAUCACAUUUUAUGCACCAAUUUGUGCAGAAAUCCAUAUCAUUCCAAAGGGUUCAUAUACUUUUUCUCUUGUAACUGUGUGUGUGUGUGUGUGUGUGUGUAUAUGUAUAUAUAUAUAUAUGUAUAUAUAUGUAUGUGUAUAUAUAUAUAUAUAUAUAUAUAUAUAUAUAUAUAUAUAUUAAAAGCAUGCAUGUUUAUGUUUGAAAUAUAUCUAUUGAACUGUGAUUUGUAUUUAUUUUGUGUUUGGGUAAUGGAGUGUCCCUUUUUAAUAGACAAGAUCGGUUAGACAAAUCUUUUUAUACUUUGAAAGAAUUAGUGAUGUACCAGAAAUGUAUCAAGUCUUUAAAGGGACACUGUAGGCACCUAGACCACUUCGGCUCACUGUUUUUAAAAAAACUGUUAUUUUAUGGAAUUGGUUAUUUAUUUUCUUUAUUGGUUUACGUUUCCCUAAUACAUAUCUGGUGACCAGUUCACUUUAAUUCUAGGUUAUGUAAUGACUGAUUACUGUUGCAUAUUUGGUAGCAAAAGAAUUCAGGUUUUAAUAAACAAAACACCACCAUGUAAUCUACUUAAAUAGCAAAGUUAUUAGGUUUUAUUGCCUCCCAAGGUAUAAAUCUACUUUACGCUGAUGGUGCUUUGGUUUCACACCCACACACUGUUUACUCUGUUCUUAAGUUCAGGGCUGUGUAAUGUCCUGCUGAUCCAUCUGCCAAAACAAAGCUACUCACACCAUCAAGAUGUAAUUGGCUCCUUCUUUUUGUCACCCAACAUUUUUCACGUCAAGUCACUGCGCAGUCAUGCCAUGCUAGUAGACUUCACACCCUUCGUCCCCUUUCAUGUGCUGUUUGUUUUCUACACUGUCCCACUGCGACUUUGGAUCAAAUCUACGAACGACUCAUUGAGUGUAUUAAUAAGAUCUGACACCGACUGCUGAGCGAAAAAGCAAAGUGUGCUUUUAGAUAGAAAGAUUAGGACCUCCCUGCACAGCGAGAGCUCGGCAACACAUUGCAUGAGUUUGCGUCAAGGCAUUGGGGUCUCUCUUCUCGUCCUCGUCUCUCCCCUCAAUACACUACUCUUUAUUUCAUAGUGUCGCUUCUUGCUAACCUAGAAAAGGUCACUGCUUCUAAACUUGUCAAAGGUCUUUUGCUUGGGAACAGUCUGGAGAGGCACAGAGGCUUGAUUAUAAUGUGCUUAGCUAAACUGUGUAACUGCAGCUGGUUCCCCUAUUUACCACUAUAACCUCUUAAAGCAUGGGAUUUAGCUUACCGUACAGAUAUCUUAGCCAUGAUAUUAUAUAGUUGGUGAGAGUUCCUCUAUUUAAAAUACAUAAAUAAUUGAGAAUACAAUAUAAAAUAGGGAUUGUCUUGGAAGCAAUAAAGGUGUUUUAUUUAAGAAAUAUAUAAAAAAAAAAAUAAAAAUAAAAAAUAGACAUAUAUAAAACCUUAACCCCUUCAGGACGGAGUCAAUAGUGCAUGUUCUGAUCUAAACAAAACGUAAACAAAAACUGGAAUUUGCGCUAUAUGUCUGUUCAACCAUAAUUCACCGCUGUCACAUUAAGUGCACCCACACUUAUUAUAUAUCAUUUUGUUCAGGAGAAACAGGGCUUUAAUUUAUCAUUAACUAUUCAUAUAUUGAACAUAAUUUAUUAUGAAUAAAAUUUAAAAAAAGUGAGAAAAUAAGAUUUUUAAUUUCUUUUAAUUUUUUUAAUUUGUAUUUCCGUCUGACAGUUUAGCUGUGAAUGUCAUGAUACUGUUAGGUUUUACUGCAAAAAAAAAAUGCACAUAUUUGUAAUCAGCGAUGUCUCACAAGUACAACAGUACCCCCAUUAACAGGUUUUAUGGUGUUUUGGAAAGUUACAGGGUCAAAUAUAGAACGUUCCAUUUUCAAAUUGAAAUUUGCCAGAUUAGUAAUGUUACCUUUGAGACGGUGUGGUAGCCCAGGAAUGAGAAUUACCCCCAUAAUGGCAUACCAUUUUAAAAAGUAGACAACCCAAGGUAUUGAAAGUGGGGUAUGUUUAGUCUUUUUUAGUAGCCACUUAGUCACAAACACUGGCCAAAGUUAGCGUUCAUAUUUGUUUUUGUGUGAAAAAGCAAAAAACUAAUAUUUGGCCAGUGUUUGUGACUAAGUGGCUACUAAGAAAGACUGGACAUACCCCACUUGCAAUACCUUGGGUUGUCUACUUUUGCAAAUGGUAUGCCAUCAUGGGGGUAAUUCUCAUUCCUGGGCUACCAUACGCUCUCAAAGGCAACAUAACCAAUCUGGCAAAUUUCAAUGUCAAAAAAAUGAAAUGCAAGCCUUAUAUGUGACUCUCUAACUUUCCAAAACACAAUAAAACCUGUACAUGGGGGGUAUUGUUAUUCUCGGAAGACUUCACUAAACACAAAUAUUAGUGUUUUAAAACAGUAAAACAUAUUACAACAAUAAUAUAGUCCAUAAAAGUGCCGUUUGUUUGUAAAAAAUGCAAAAAACUUCACUUUUACUUAAAAUAUCAUCGUUGUAAUACAAUUUACCAGUUUGAAACACUAAUAUUUGAGUUCAGCGAAGUCUACUGAGUAAAACAGUACCCCCUAUGUACAGGUUUUAUGGUGUCUUGGAGAGUUACAGGGUCAAAUAUAGUGCUUGCGAAUUAAAUUCUCUGCACUUUCUCCCUGUGUUGUCAGGCAUGUCAAUCAAAUUUGAAUUAAUCAAAUCACAUAAUUAUGUUAAAAGAUUACUUAAAUAUACAUGUAGAAUUUUAAUAUAUAUGCAUUUAUAGGUAUUUAAAUUCUAUGUGUAUACUAAUGUAAUCUUUUAUGUAAUUAUAUGUAUUUAUCUAUAUAUAUAUAUAUAUAUUUGCGGUUAUUUGUAUUUUAUAUAUAGAUAGAUAUAUAUAGAAUGUCAUUCUAAGUGUAUUUUGUUACAUAUAUAUAUAUAUAUAUAUAUAUAUAUAUAUAUAUAUAUAUAUAUAUAUAUAUAACAAAAUACAGUUAGAAUGAAAUUACAUAUGAAUAUAUAAUUUUUGUUUCAAUGUAUUUAUUAUUGUAAUUAUACGUGUAUAUCUAUUAUAUAUAAUAUAUUCAUAUUAUAUAUGUGUAACGUCACCAGGGCCGGAUUAAGAGCACAGUGGGCCUGGUGCUGACAAUUAUGAUGGGCCUAAUUACGGAAUCUUAUUGACCAAAAACACUAAAACAAUCAUACCUCCCAAGCGUCAUGUAUCUGAUAGAGAUGGUGCUGGAGGGAAACUCAUAGGAUGCAGCUAUAAGAAAACACAUACUCUAUGCUAAUCCCUCUCUAAUUUAUGUUUUCAUCUUUCAAGUAAAUCCAUAACCCCUAACAGCAGUGUCCAGUGAAGCAGGAAGUCAAUGGGCGGGGUAAAAGGGUGUCACGUGACAAGACCUGCCAAAAGGGGGGAACAUGCCCAAAAAGGGGAACGUUUGUCCAAAGAAUUGGAAGGUCAGCCUGGCAUGAAUGCAUGUCAGGCUGCCUGCCAAUCCUGCAGGUUGUCCAACUAAGGGCAUACUAUGUAGGCAGCACCUUGAGCUUGACAUAAAUGCGUCUAAUGAUACGCUUACUCCAUUCUUUCUAAGGACUGUCCCCUAGCACUCGCUGGUUCACUUGUCUCCUUACCUUCUUACUAGCAGGCAGAAGUUCCUGGUAUAUAGUCUGAGACAGAGAAAAGAUGUCUGUAGUGAGUGUAGAAGAAAGGGGACAUGCCACAGUGUUAGAGAGACCAACCUAAACUGCAUUACCUAAACUAACUUUAAUGUCAGCAAGUGCACACAAGUUUUGUUCCAAUACAUCCCUCUUAAGCUUCCAAACUUAAAGGGACACUAUAGUCACCAGAACAACUACAGCUUAUUGUAUUUGUUCUGGUAAGUAGAAUCAUUCCAUUCAGGCUUUUUGCAGUAAACACUGUCUUUUCAGAGAAAAUAACUCCACUGGCUGCUCCUUAGAUGGCUGCUAGAGGUGCUUCCUGGGGCAGUACUGCCUAGUGUGCAGCACUGCCAUUCAGUGUCUCCACCCUCUUCAUGUAGACACUGAACUUUCCUCAUAGAGAUGCAUUGAUUCAAUUUAUCUUUAUGAGGAGAUGCUGAUUGGCCAGGGCUAUGUUGGACUUGUGCUGGCUCUGCACCUGAUCUUCCUAGUUGACAGUCUUCCUAUGGGGAAGUAUUGUAAUUUGCUCAGACCACCACUUCUGAGCCAGCAGCUGCAGAAUUUAAUACAAGUAAUAUUUUACUAUAUUUAGGGAGGCAAGAAGGGGCCAGGGUGGUGGUUUUAACAUAAUAGGGUCAGAAAUACAUGAUUGUGUUCCUGACCCUAUAGUGCUUCUUUAAGCAAGAGUAUGUGAAGAGUAGUUAAGGUUGCCAGUUAAGGUUGCCACCUUUCUUGGAAAAAAAUACCAGCCUUAAUAAUUUGUAUAAUUAGUUAUGCGUGACAUCACAUGAUGUAAAUUACAAGGAGUGACAUCAGAGAAAAUUCUAUAAAAUCACCAAACUACUCACAGUUUGAUUCUGCUGUAUAGAUGGAUUGCUCCCAGUGUCUCCCAGUGUCUCAGUCUCGCAAGUCACCCAGUGUCUCAGUGUCCCUAUCUAUCACAGUGUCAGUGUCCCUGUGUCGCCCAGUCCCCUAGUCUCCCAGUGUCUGUGUCCCCAUUUCUCCCAGUGUCCCAAUGUCUCAGUGUGUCCCCAUGUCACUAGGAUACUGGGGACACUGAGAGACCCAGGGACACUGAGACCCGGGGACAUUGAGACAUUUAGGGAAACUGGGAGAAAUGGGGACACUGAGACACUAGUGACACAGACACUGGGAGACAUGGGGACACUGAAACAUUUGGGGACACUAAGACACUAGGGACACAGACAUGGGAACACAGACACUGGGAGACUAGGGGACACUGGGAGACUAGGGGACACUGGCUGGGAGACAGACACUUGGGGACACUAGGAGACAUGGGGACAGUUGUGGACAUAGACAUGUGGACACUGGGACAUAUAGGGACACUGGGAGACAUGGGGACACCAGGCACACUGAGACACUAGGAACACACUGGGAGACAUGGAGACACUGAAACAUGGGGACACUAAGACACUAGGGACACAGACACUGGGAGACUAGUGGACACUGGGAGACUAGGGGAUACUGGGAGACAGACACUUGGGGAGACAUGGAGACAGUUGUGGACAUGGACAUGGGGACACUGGGACACUGGGACACAUGGGGACACUAGGCACACUGAGAGACAUGGGACACAGACACUGGAAGACUUGGGGACACUGAUACACUAGGGACACUGGCUGGGGGACAUAGUGUCUCCAUGUCCCAAUGUCUCCCAAUGUCCCCAUGUGUCUCAGCGUCCCCAUGUGUCUCAGCGUCCCCAUGUGUCUCAGCGUCCCCAUGUGUCUCAGCGUCCCCAUGUGUCUCAGCGUCCCCUAGUGUCUCAGCGUCCCCUAGUGUCUGUGUCCCCAGGUCUCCCAGUGUCUGUGUCCCCAUGUGUCCUUGUGUCUCAGUGUCCCCUAGUGACAGUGUCCCCAUAUGUCCCCAAGUGUCUCAGUGUCCCCAUGUUUUCCAGUGUCCCCAAGUGUCUCAGUGUUCCCAGGGUCUGUGUCCUAGUGUCUCAGUGUCCCCUACUGUAUGUGUCAUCAUGUGUCCCCUAGUGUCUGUGUUCCCUAGUGUCUAAGGGUCCCCAUGUGUCCCCUAAUGUCUCAGUGUCCCCUAGUGUAUGUGUCCCCAUGUGUCCCCUAGUGUCUCAGUUUCCCCAAUGUGUCCCCUAGUGUCUCAGUGUCCCCAUGUGUCCCUGCUGCCUUUCCCCCGAUCCCUCACUUACCUGAGCUGUAGAGCUGCUGUCUGGACUCCCUGUGCUGUGUAGCUGCUCCCCCAUGGAUCAGUGAGUAGUAGAGAGAGGCAGGGAUAUUCUAUAACUUCCUAUCCCUGCCUCUCUCCACACACAGUGACCCCUACUGGCCGGUGCUGGUAUUGCAGAGUAAUUUCCAUUUAUUCUGAGAAAAUUACCUGCAUUUGUAUUGCUGGUAUUACUGCAAUACCAGCAGGGCCAGGCAGCCUCAAAUACCGUCUGUGCCAUUAAAAUACCAGUCGGGUGGCAAACCUAAGAGUAGUGUGUAAAAAAGCAAUUAUUUUUUUAACUUUUUUAAAUAGACUAUUCCAUGGGCCUGGGCACAGGCUGCAAUGCAUCCCGAGAAGCCCCUAUGUUAAUCCGGCCCUGAGCGUCACUAAGUGUAUUUUAAUACUAAUAUAUGUGCUUAUAUUAUAUUAAAAUACAUUAUAUAUGUGUGCAUAUAUAUAUAUAUAUAUAUAUAUAUAUAUAUAUAUAUAUAUAUUUUAUUUUAUUUUAAAACAUAUUUAAUUUUUUUUUUUUUAUAUUUCCUACCAGCAGGGGGACUGUCUGACUUUUCAGACAGUCCCCCUGCUGGCAGAUCCACAGCCAGCUAUAGGGGGCCAUGUGAUCGCUCUUUGAGAGCGAUCACAUGGCCCCCGGGGGCCUCAUUUGCCGUGGGAGGGCUGCCUGGGCUGUGAGGCAGUCCUCUCGAAGCGGAGCACCGGGUAGGUAAGUAUCCCGGGCGCUCCAGGGCUCAAAGACGUUACGGCGUUUUAUGCCGCCGCAACGGUUUUAAAGCCCACUUAAUGCGGGACGGCAUAGAAUGCCGUAACGGCGUUAAGGGGUUGUUAAUCCAUUAAAAUAAUGUAUAGCAGAGUUUAUAAGAUUAAAGUAUAUGCUUACAGUAUCAAUAAAAUAGAAUAACAUACCAUCUUGAACAUGUCAUCCUCUCAGACGCUGCCUUGUUUUAUCAUGACUAUCUCCAAAAUCUCUCCUCUGUGUCCUAAUAUUAAGAAGUACACACAUUUAUACCUUAUAUUUUUAAUUGGGUCAUGGUAGGACCUACCUUAACUUGGCAAAGAUACAAGGCCAUAACUUGGUCAUUUCACAUGGGAACAUGUUAUCUAUGUUUUUAGAGUAAAACGUAAGAGUACACAUGACGUGAGAAAUGCCUUGACUUGGGGAAUUCCACUAACCUAGGACAACAUGACGUCCCAAAGUCUGAACACCAUAUUCACUGAAUAUGGGUAAGAGGUCAUUUAUUAAAGAAACAUUGUAUGAAAAACAAUAUUUUCCAUUUCUAACAAUUUGUCAGUUUGCAGAAUCUCUUAAAGACAAAGUACACAGUUUAAGAAAUCCAACUUUUCAUUCUAAAAACUUGUAGUAUUUGCAUAUGCCCAUACCAAAUGUUAAUUUUAGGUGUGACAACAUAAAACAGUUAGAUCUUUCUUUGUGGGAUUUCACACUCCUAUGUCUACAUACUUGUUGUGAGCUAAAACAUGACACUUUUUAAUAGCUGUCCUGGAUGUCCCUUACUUUUCAUGUGUUCUGUAAAUUAUUUAAUUGGACAUUCUUAACCACUACAAUACGUUGUACUAGUUAUGAGGCUUAAGAAGCUGUCCCUGAAAACGUAUCCUUUUAAUGUACCCAGGUAGGUGGUUGCAUUUAGCAGACUAGCCAUUUGUGUCACCACAUGUGGCUUUUCAAGAAUUGUAUACAUUUUAUUUUUGCCAGCUUUAUAUGUGAAGCUGAUAUAAACUUUUGGUUGAAACUGAAUGUGUUAUUGGUCAUCGCAGAAGCUCUAAACAAAUGGAAAACAAGUUUGGUCAUUUUAGACGUAAAGUAUGUUUGUGACCAACACAAGUCCCUAAUAUGUUGGGGACCAGCUGUUUUACAUCCUGAUAAACCAUUGUCAAUCUGUUUAGUGCAAAGGCUAUUCUUGGUUUUAACACAAAUUCUUUCUUUCAGAUGUUCCACCUCCUCGUGAUGUGAAGACUCCUUCUCCACCACCACCUCCUGCUCCUGAGCCUGUUUUGAAAAUGGAAACGGAUACCCAGCCACAGGUACGAGAGGUCACCACAACUUUGAUUAGCUUUCUGUUCUAGAAGACCUUUAACAAGGCAAGCUACUGGUCUCCUUACAUGCAGCAAUAAAUUAAUCAAACGGGGGAUAAAGGAGAUGUUUGUUUAUAUAUAGAGAUAGAUAUAGUUAUAACACACCUCUGUUUGUAUAAUUUCUGACGCAACCUUUAUCCCCCCUGUUUGACUCAUCUCUGUUGUUUAUAAGGCUUAGAGGGAGUCUUCUGUUUUAAGGUGUGUCACUUACUUUCCUUUUUGUAUUUUUAUAUAUAUCUUUUAGUUGGCUAUAUUACCACUGAUUUUUUGUUUUGUUUUUUUUAUCCUUUUGUCUAGCAAUAAAUUAAUGAAUGGACUGAUGGUGUAAUCUGCGAGAUAAGAAGCAAAUUUUAAUAAAUAACCAAAUAACCUGUUUUUAGGUUGUGCUAUCUCCACUUCAUCUGAUAGCAGUUAAUCUUGAACAUGCCACUCAGACUACCUCUGCUGUUGUUUUCUAGAGGGCAAGCUUAAUAAUAUGCAGAAUCUGAAACUCCCAUGAGUUUUUGAAUGAAAUAGUCAGAGAAUCUCAGGAAUUGUAGUUCAGCAACAUCUGGAGGGCCAGUGUUUUGGAGAACUCUAUUUUAGCAGAUGAAAUUAUAUUACGCAAAUAUUUGAAAUUAAUUUGAUCUUGCUGGGAAUAAACCUGUCCUGAUGCAGCUAGUUAGCUUUCUUUUGAAGGCACACUGUAGUCACUAUAACAAGUUUACUUCUUUGAAAUGGUUAUAAAGCCUGGGGUCCCCUGGCACUGUCCCUCCGUUCAGUGCUAAACCUUUUAGAGCAGUUUAACACUAAACAAGGGUCCUUGUCUUCUCGCAGUCCAGCCCCUUCUGCAGGUGUGGCUAAGGCAGAGAUUAUAUACUUCAUUGUAGUCAUACCCCUUUUACCAUUAGCUGGAGCUCUGAUAGGCUAAAAGCAGUCAGCUGACCCUCAACCAAUCACAUCUGCCCAUUGCUGCUCAGACUGAUACUUCCUCAUCAGCCAAAGCAGCACAGAGUGUAAGGACUGCGGGGGACUCGUUUAGUAUUAAAACAUUAAAAACAGUUACUUACUGCAUGAAAUGAUGGCACCAGGGGAUUCUAGACACUAGAGUCAGUUGAAUGGGAUAAAGUGUAUAUAGUGCCUACAGUGUCCCUUUAACUACUGAGCCAUCCCUAUGACGUAGAACAGAUUUUAUUGAUUUUAUUUGUAAUGGGAUUGGGAUUAAUAGCUGUUUGUGUUUUUGAAGGUACUGCCUGGAGGGAAAAGAAGAAAACGCAAGCGUGUUUUAAAAUCGAAAACGUUUAUGGACGAGGAAGGGUGUAUAGGUAUGAUGUACUUUUCUUCAAUCUGUAAAAUUCAUUAUGUGGCAGGUCUGUGACAUUGCUGUAUUUGUAGAACAUGUAAUAUUUUUAUUUACUUUUAUAUUUUUAAGUGUUUUUUUUUUUUUUUAAUAUAGCAUUCUGUUUACAUAGAUUAAAAUGUAUUAUUUUUCUGUCAUUUUGAUCUCCCUCUAUAAUGACACAGAAAUAGCAUUUAAUGUAAAUACAUUUGCCAUUCCCAACAUUCUUUUCCCACCUCUGGCCACUUUCUGAGAUGAGUCCAUAUUGAAGUUAAUAUGUGCUCCUCUUUUUGAGUUGACAACUUAAAGAAGUUGGGAUUUUAAGAAACCUAUGCAGAUUUGCGACAAAUCCUAAUUAUUCAUUAUUUAAAUAGCUGUAUUGUUUGCUCUUUAUUCCACAGUGACAGAAAAAGUAUAUGAGAGUCAGUCUUGCACAGACAGUGAAGACGAGUUUGCAGUCUCGAAACCAGCAGGUACUUCAAAGCCAUCAACUCUAGGAGCCGCAAAGCAAGAAGUGAAAACAGAAUCCAAACCACCCAAGAAGUCCUCUGUGGCCAAUAAAGGCACCAAGCAAGCCUCCAUCAUGGGAUUCUUUCAGAAGAAGUGAAGAUCCGAUGGUCUAUUUGUAAAAUUGAUUUCCGAGAAUCUUGAUGUCUGGCGUGUGGGGAUUGUGGCAUAUUUCAGUCUGUUACUGGACAAGUCCUGUUUCACGACAGGAAGAAAUAUACAUGUAGUAGUUUUAAAUUGUAUAGAAGCCCAGAACAGCAUUUGAUCCUAAACUGAUUUUUGUUGAAUUGCAGAAGAAACAAAGAUGGCUGGUGUCCGAUGCAUAUAUUUUUUAUAUAUACAUAUACUGAAAACCUGAGACUGGGAAAAUAGAUAUUAGGGAAACCGCAACCCUGAAACUGCAUACAAAUGUUGCAGUAAAGCUUGUGAGCUAGUUCAGUUUUGUCUGGACAUUGUGGCCAUACAUGUUACAAUCUGAUUCUAAAUUCCAUACUUAUAAUGCUCACUAUUUGUUUAUUUACGUAAACAUGAAUUAACCAUUUUCUGCCUAUGUAAAAAGUGAGAGAAUGUAAGAUUUAGUUACAUUUAAUAUUCUUUGUGCCUUGGACCAUGAACUCUUAAAAGUACAGUCAUACACCACGCAUGACUUAACUUAGCUAUUAUUUGUAUUUAGUGUUUUGUUCACGUUGUAUCUUGAUGUUAUUUUAUCUGAAGUUGUCUCCUUGCCCAGUUUGUGAGAGAGGAAGUACAGCAGCGACUGUAGCUUCUGUGAGCUUGACUGGUAGUUUAUGAGCCAUUUGUUGGUCCUUAUAUAAUUACCGCAAGCCCUGGAAAUUCAGACGUGAGUUUUACUUCUUGUUUUUUCCCUGCUUUAGCUUUUUUUCCCAUUUGUUUUGCCUCUUAAAACAUUCUGUCCAUAAUCCAUAAAAAGUGGAAAGUGAUGGAGUCGUUUGCAGCCUGAUUUUUCUCUUCACUGCAAGUUAUAUUUAAGACAAAUUAGAUUAAAGUCUCAGUAUUGUGACUACACACUAUCUGUCCCACUUUUUUUUUUUUUUUUUAAACGCAUAUUUUGAGUUUUUUUCCACACAUUGAGGCAGUUGCAGUUUACACACACAUUUUAGAUAUCUACAUCAUGAAAUACAUACAAUUGAACUCCCAUUUGUUACAUUAACUGCGAAAAUAGAUCAUCACAUUGAGUAACUUAGUUUACAUAUCAAUAUGACCAAGCUUUGUAUUAUGGUCAUUAAUCAGGCAGAUGGAAUUACAUCUACACAUUCACAAUACAGAUGUCUGCUCACUGCUUUUGACAAACAUAUCAAGUAUUUAUUUACUGACUGAGACAAACAUAAUAAAAAUAGCAAUGUAACUAACACAAAUUAAAAAAUAACAUUGUUUUCUUGUAUCUGGGUUUGACACUCCUCCCAUCCCCCAAAUUGUGUUAUGUUUGGAAUUGGUGUGUGUUUUUUUUUUUUUUUUUGUAGUAGUAGUAGUAUUGCACUUUGUAUACUUUGUCUCAAACUGAUGGAUUUUACACCUCUUAUAAAACACCCUGUGAGCUCCCCACCUUAUUCUCUUUGUAGUAUGUGAAGUGUUGGGUGGAAAUUAAGUAUGUACAGUUGUAAUCAAAAUUAUUCAACACCCAUUGAAAAUAAAGUUUGUCAAAAUUUACAGACUUUUCAGCUGUCUGGAAUGAACCAUUCAAACAAAAACUUCUAACUUCUCCAGUCUCAAUUAUUCAACUCCCUGAAUAGAAUCCCUCACAACAGCACAAAUAUGAAAAACACAUGUUGUC